GCUAGUUAGCUAGACGUGUCGUUGUUCCUUUGUUUGGGGGGGAACGAACGGGUAACGUUGAGCCGUACUACACUGUGGUCCCAUAUCGAGCUAACCAGUUAUCAGUUGGGUUUAGACAGAUCUCCGCGCUGAUGUUAGCCGACGUGAAGAUAACAUUCCCAUCAUUCUUUUUUACAGCUAGGUCUAACGAUAUUCGAAGGUAGAGGAGAAUCCAGACGUGCGGUGACAUGGAGCAAUACACUACCGCCAACACUGGGGAGCAGAUCGUGGUACAGGCAACCAAUGGACAGAUUCAGCAGCAGGCACAGGGCACAGUGACUGCUGUGCAGCUGCAGACUGAGGCACCUGUGGCCACGGCGACAGGCCAGCAGGUGCAGACACUCCAGGUAGUGCAAGCCCAGCCCCUGAUGGUGCAGGUGAGUGGCGGACAGCUCAUCACCUCCUCUGGCCAGCCCAUCAUGGUGCAGGCCAUGCCUGGAGGCCAGGGCCAGACCAUCAUGCAAGUCCCAGUGUCUGGAGCACAGAGCCUGCAGCAGAUCCAGCUGGUGCAGCCGGGGCAGAUUCAGCUGCAGGGAGGGCAGACGCUGCAGCUCCAGGGCCAGCAGGGGCAAGCACAGCAGAUCAUCAUCCAGCAGCCACAGGCUGCCAUCACCGCCGGCCAGAACCAGGGACAGCAGAUCACUGUGCAGGGACAGCAAGUGGCUCAGACCGCCGAGGGCCAAACCAUUGUUUAUCAGCCUGUUAACGCAGAUGGCACCGUCCUGCAGCAAGGGAUGAUCACCAUCCCAGCAGGAAGCCUGGCCGGCACGCAGAUUGUGCAGGCAGGGGGCGCCAACACCUCCACAACCAAUAGUGGCCAGGGCACAGUCACAGUCACGCUGCCGGUCUCUGGCAACAUGGUCAAUGCGGGGGGGAUGGUCAUGGUAAGACCUUCCCAUGAGAUGGUGCCUGGUGGUGGCGCGGUGCCAGCCAUCCAGAGAAUUCCCCUGCCGGGAGCAGAGAUGCUAGAAGAGGAGCCUCUCUACGUCAAUGCAAAGCAGUACCACCGCAUCCUGAAGAGACGGCAGGCCCGCGCCAAGCUGGAGGCUGAGGGCAAGAUCCCCAAGGAGCGGCGGGUGAGUAAAUAUCUCCAUGAAUCACGCCACCGCCACGCCAUGCAACGCAAGCGAGGUGACGGCGGUCGAUUCUUUUCGCCCAAGGACAAGGAGGAGAUGGCCCUGGCCGCCUUGCAGGAGCAGCAAGACUCCUCUUCUGCUGGAGAUGAGACUGUGGCCCAGAUGAUCCGGGUCUCAUAGGGAAACAUCCAUCAGUACAAUACCAUGAGUCUGCAAGUCUCCCAUUACCCUGACGAUCCCUCACCCUUCCUCCUUAAACAUCCAAUCAACUGAGAGCAUCACUGCCACCCAACCAACCAACCAACCAACCAACCAACCAACCAGCAAGCAGCUCCUUGCUGAUCUGGCUUUCUACAUCAUCUUCAGUGCGUAUCAACAAGUCAGGCGUGUGCAUCUAAGCUUCCCUCGUCUUCCUGAAGUGGUGUCGUUGUUGCCCUUGAUGGAGGGUAUGUUACUCAGCCCCACUAUGUCAACAGUGUACAGGUUUCCCCUCGGGCUCUCUCGCCCAAAAAGAGAAAUUUGAGCUCUAGAAGGUCAAGAAGAUGACCUCUAUGAACGAGAUCACACGCUGAAAUCUGUUCCUGAUUUAAUGAGAACCGCUACAGCCUUUAAUUUGAUGACCUAUACAGUAGGUUGCCCUUUUUAUGACAUGGUCCUUAAAAAAAAAAAAAAAAAAAAAGGUUGUGUAUGAUUUGUAGCUUUUUUAAAAAUACAUUGACUGUAAAAAGACUUUCAUCAGAAAAACCUCAGAUAAGAUUUAGAUUUUCCACACCGUUCUCUGUGGAAGUGUCAAAUAGCAUUUUUCGGAGCAACCGAUGAAUUUUCAUGUACUAACUUCAAUUAGUCCUUCGUGGCCCUCAUUCUGCUUGGUUUGUGCAGGUCUUGUUAACCGUAGAAAUAAAUGAGUCAACAAGAGUACCUGUUGAGAGCCAGGGUCUGUACCUCAUGGGGAGCAAGGACAGGCUCUCAGCUGGUGUGUGUGUGUGUAGGCCUACACUAUUUCCUAAAACAGGAAAGACUUUUACACAAAUAUUUUGAUUACAAUUGUAGUUGUGUAGGAUAUUAAAAGCAUUUCUGUUUCAUGUUUCUCAUCAACUCCCCAACCCCAACAUGUGGCACUACGUGUCUUCCAUGUUUUGUUGAAAUUGCAGUUUUUUAUACUUAUUUUGCAGGGCAUCUAUUAAAAAAAUAUGGAUGAGGGCAAAGGAAUUGAUGCAUAUUUGUUAGGAUUAUGUUUUAUGCUGUCUUUAUAUAAUAUAUUUUAAUUAAAUGUCAUGUGUUCAUGAAA